AUGUCAAACCUCGACCUACUUAACGCUGCAUUCACAGCCUUAUUACCAGGUCAUGAAUUUGUUUCAGAGAAUAAACUUCAUGAGACACCCAAUGACGCUAUUUAUCAAAAGGUUGACAUAUUUUCGCUUCACCAAUGCAGUCUUUUGGGGGAUAAUCUAGGAGCUUAUACCAUUAAAAAUACUUUCGAUGGUACUUCUAAAAAUACAUAUCAACUUUUUGUCAAGACGCUUACUGGCAGGACUAUAACCAUAGAAGUCCAAUCAGACCUUACCAUUUAUCUGGUAAAGCAAGCGAUUCAAUUAAAAGAAGGUAUCCCACCAGAUCAACAGCAUUUGAUUUUUGCUGGCAUAAAGUUAGAAAAUGAUAGAACACUCUCAGAUUACAAAAUUUCAAAAGAAGCCGUUUUGCAUCUUAUUUUGCUUAUUCGCGGUGGUGGACUUAUAAUUAGUCAUCUGGGUAGCGACGUCUUGGACCCAAGUUAUGAUUAUGAUUUUACAAGUAUCGAUGAUAAAGGAAAGCAAUAUUUUCGUGGAGGUGUUUUGUAUCAAAGGCCAUGUGGCUGGAAACGCAUCGCCUUAAAGGUUAUCGGAAAGUAUGACAAUCGGGAUGACAAGUGGCUCAGCACUAAUCAAGAUUCUUGGCCAGUAUCAUACCAUGGUACUGCAAAACACAAUAUGAGGUCAAUUGCGACGGACGGUUACUUGUUAAGCAAAGGAAAACGUUUUGCUUAUGGUCGUGGCAUUUAUUCUACACCUGAUAUAAAUGUAGCUGAAAAGUAUGCAACAGAGUUUGAACAUAAGGGGGAGAAAUAUAUUGUAGUACUUCAGAACCGAGUAAACCCCGCAAACUUAAUAAAGAUCGGGAAGCAACAAACUGGUUUAGGUGAGUAUUGGGUUUCUAAAAAGGAAAAGGAUGUCAGACCAUAUGGAAUUUGCAUUAGAAAAAAAUGA